UCUAAACCCUAGCUUCUCACUUAGCACUGUCAGAGCGAGAGAAACAACUUCGCGGCUCUCUCUCUCUCAUUCAUUUUCCCCUCUCUUUCUCUUCGAUCUUGAGAUAGUGUUACCUGAAGGAAACCAUGUCUCAUCGGAAAUUUGAACACCCAAGACACGGUUCCCUUGGAUUUCUUCCUAGGAAAAGAGCUGCCCGUCACAGAGGAAAAGUGAAGGCAUUUCCCAAGGAUGAUCCAACAAAGCCCCCCAGAUUGACUGCUUUCCUGGGGUACAAAGCUGGGAUGACUCAUAUUGUUAGAGAAGUGGAAAAGCCAGGGUCAAAGCUCCACAAGAAGGAAACAUGUGAGGCAGUGACUAUUAUUGAAACACCACCCCUGGUUAUUGUUGGUGUUGUUGGUUAUGUGAAGACCCCACGUGGUCUCCGUUCUCUGAACACUGUCUGGGCCCAGCAUCUUAGUGAGGAGUUGAAGAGGAGAUUCUAUAAGAACUGGUGCAAGUCUAAGAAGAAAGCUUUUACCAAGUAUAGCCACAAGUAUGACAGUGAGGAGGGGAAAAAGGACAUUCAGUCACAGUUGGAGAAAAUGAAGAAGUACUGCACUGUGAUUCGUGUUUUGGCCCAUACCCAGAUAAGGAAAAUGAAGGGAUUGAAGCAGAAGAAAGCCCAUUUGAUGGAGAUUCAGGUGAAUGGUGGGACUAUUGCCCAGAAGGUGGACUUUGCUUAUGGUUUCUUUGAGAAGCAGGUUCCUAUUGAUGCUGUUUUCCAGAAAGAUGAGAUGAUUGACAUCAUUGGUGUGACUAAGGGUAAGGGUUAUGAGGGUGUUGUGACCCGAUGGGGUGUUACUCGUCUCCCACGUAAGACCCAUCGUGGUCUUCGCAAGGUUGCCUGUAUUGGUGCCUGGCAUCCUGCUAGGGUGUCUUUUACAGUUGCUAGGGCUGGGCAGAAUGGUUACCAUCACAGAACAGAGAUGAACAAGAAAAUUUACAAGCUGGGAAAGAGUGGCCAAGAGUCUCAUUCAGCAAUGACUGAGUUUGACAGAACUGAAAAGGAUAUUACUCCAAUGGGAGGGUUCCCUCACUACGGUAUUGUGAAGGAGGACUAUCUGCUUAUUAAGGGUUGCUGUGUUGGUCCCAAGAAGCGCGUGGUCACCCUGAGGCAGUCACUCUUGAAGCAAACAUCUAGGGUUGCCUUGGAGGAUAUCAAGCUCAAGUUCAUUGAUACAUCCUCCAAAUUUGGGCAUGGUCGCUUCCAGACAGUUGGGGAGAAGGCUAAGUUCUAUGGGCGGGUUAAGGCUUGAUCUGCUUACUAGAAAAGAUCUCAACAUCGUUUUUGCAUUUAGUUUUUCCAGAGUUUUAUGCGGUUUUGUCCCUGUUCGGAUUUUUGAACUUGUCUUUUUUAUAUGCAUAUGCAUAUUGGAUUUUGUGAUACUGUGGAAAGAAUUUGGUUUUGACUUUUAAUUGGCUAAAUUUAUGGACAAUGAUCUUUGAUGUUGUUGAGAU